UACCACUCUAGUUUCCCCAACUUUACCACGCCUCACUAUCCCCUCUGCUCCCACCCUUGGCUUUAGAGAGAUGAUGGGGUCAGAGAUCUUGACAUCGUGGUGGCCGGCGGCGGACACGCAGUUGCUGCCGCGGCUGAUGGAGCUCUUGUCUAACUUCCGGUGGCCGGAGGCGAUUGUGGCCGCGGUCUGCCUCUACCUCAUACACACGUACCGAAAGCAACGAGACGAGCUGGUCGUCGACUGGCCUCUGGUGGGCAUGCUGCCGGCUGCGCUCUUGAACAUCCACGACCUCUACGAGUGGACCACCAAGGGGCUCAGCAUCACCGGCGGAACCUUGUAUUUCAGAGGCCCCUGGUUCAGCGGCAUGGAGUACUUGGUUACCAGUGAUCCGAGAAACAUCGAGUACAUGCUCAAGACCAACUUCGGCAACUACCCAAAAGGCGAGGAGUUCGACGACAUCUUCCGCGACUUGAUGGGCCACGGCAUCUUCAACUCCGACGCCGACGCCUGGAAGGCCCAGCGGAAGGUGGCUAGCACCCUCGUCCAUGGCAAACCCUUCCGGCAGUUUGUCGGCCGGACCUCCGACGACAUGGUCCGCCACAAGCUGGUCCCGCUCCUCAACCACGCCGCCCAGUCCGGCGAGACCAUCAACCUCCAGGACGUGUUCCUCAGGUUCACCUUCGACAGCACAUGCACCGCGGUGUUUGGGAACAACCCCGGCUGCCUUUCCGUCGGCCUUCCCACCGUUCCCUUCGCGAAAGCCAUCGACGACGCCAUGGAGUCCAUCCUCUUCCGCCACGCCCUCCCUGAAAACUGGUGGCGCCUCCUCCGCUUCCUCAAGCUCGGCAAGGAGCGCCAGUUCGCCAAGUCCAUGGCCGUCGUCGAGAACUUCGUCGAUGACCAGCUCGCCCAGAGGAAGGCGUUGCUCGACUCCCAGCGCGCCGCCGGCUCCGGCGCCAGUCCAGUCGUCGGCGAUGACUUGCUCUCCAAUUACAUGGCCAUGUCGGAGGGCGACUCGAAGUUUCUCCGAGACACCUGCGUCAACUUCCUCAUCGCCGGAAGGGACACCUCCGGCGUCGCGCUCAGCUGGUUCUUCUGGCUCCUGUCCAAGCACCCCGACAUCGAGGCCAGGCUCCUGGAGGAGCUCGCCACGAUUGUCCGCGACAAGAAAGAAGGCGAACAGUCCUUCACCCACGAGGACCUCCAGAAAAUGGUGUACCUCCAAGCUGCCCUCUGCGAGAGCCUGAGGCUCUACCCUUCCGUCCCCAUUGGGCACAAGAGCGUCCUCAAGGAGGACGUCCUCCCCAGCGGCGACGUGGUGAAGCCGGGCGUGAAGAUUCUCUACGUCAUCUACUCGGUGGGGAGGAUGGAGUGGGUGUGGGGGAAGGACUGCUUGGAGUUCGUCCCGGAGAGGUGGCUCGACGAAGAUGGUAGGCUCAAGAAGCAGCAAAUUAGCGACUUCAGGUUUCUGGCCUUUAAUGGCGGACCGAGGACGUGCGUGGGGAAGGAGAUGGCGUUUGUGCAGAUGAAAUACGCAGCGGCUCAGGUUCUGCUCAACUUUGAAAUCAAGGUCAUAGAGAGCCACCCAAUUGUGCCCAAGCCUUCUGUCAUUAUGUCCAUGAAGCAUGGCCUAAUGGUGAAGGUGAAGAAGAGAAGCGAGCCGUCAACUCAUUAGAGAUCCACUCAUUCAUCAGAUGCAGUGUUGUAUGGGUCCUUCCUCCAUGAACGGGUUCAUGAUCAGAAAGAAUCUCAUGAACGUGGAAAGGUCCCUUGGUAUUUAGCUUUCUUCCAUUAUACUAUCGCUCUUGGUGUUUCGAUAGAGUGAAAAAAAUAUGUGCAAAGCUACUGCCUGUGUAGAUCAUGUAUGGUUUUAAACUUCAAAGCGUGUCUUUAAACUGAAGGAUAUAAAGUUUUGUUUCAAAAAGAAAAAGAAGUGGGAAAAAAGAUUGGAGUUAUUGUUUGGGGCUGCAAAUGCAUGGCUGAAUAAAUUCA